AAUGAAUUUUGAUUGUUUGAAAAUAUUACUAAAUUGAAUUUAAAAUCAUGAUUUCAGAAUAUUUACAAAAUUUCUAUGUAAAACAUUAAAUAAUAUUUUACAUUGUACAUUAUUUACAUUGGAUAUCCUAACGAUAGAAAUGUGAUGUACAAAUUAAGAUAUUGUACAAUUAAGUUAUUUUGUUCAAUAGAUGUUUUCGUGUCAAAAAACAGGUCAUACAAUUUUUGAUACGAGAUAAUUGCCUACUCGUAUCUACUUUCGUGUAAUAACGAAACUGUUUGCAAAUUUUGCAAACAUUUAUGCAAUUAGGUCGAUUUAAGAGGAGAGAAAAAUAACGUGAAGGUAAGAACAAGUUUAAUAUUUUGUAUAAUGUGUAACAGAUCAGAUUUCGUGAAAGAUUGCAGGACAUUCAACAAGAAAUGUAUUUUUUAACAAAUUAUUAGCAUCUAUCGUGUUAUAUGUCUUUUAUAUACGUUUUUAGAGGAAGUACAUCGUUCAUAAAAUUAUCUCGGUAUUCUCGCUUUAAUUAUGAUCGGUCUUUAUUUCUAAACAUUUCAAGUAGUAAUUUAAGCUAUGAAGAAAAAUAAGAAAAAUGUGUGCGAGCCAAUAUUUUUUGCAACUAAAAUAUAUAUUUAAUCGAGUUAUUGUAAGUCAAUGCGAACUUUGGUUUCUGCAAAGUUGAUUAAAAUCAGAUUAAAUCAGUUUGAUGACUAUGUACAGCUAACACUUAUUAUUCAGUUGUUAUAGUUCAAUAGUUCAUGGUUGCAGAAACAUAAUGCCAUCAGAAAAAUUGUGGAAGAGAAGAAAUAACGGAAGAACAACGAGAAAUAAACAGAGCACCAAGCCAGAUAUGAAAAUUAACAUUCAUUUCAUAAAUAUUAAGGACGGGAAACAUGAAUCGACGUUUUUUAUUUUAUAAACAUUAUGUUUGAAAAAACUAAUCGGGAAUUAUGGUGAAAUAUAUUUCACGGCGUACCGUCCGUAAUGUGUUAAUAUAACGAUAAGUAUAAUCAUCUGAAAUAACUUUUAAACAACUUAAAUAUUCUGUAUGAUAUCGUACUAUAUAUUAAUAUAGUAUAAAUUUUAGCUACUACAGUAGGAAUCACAACUACUAUAAAUAGGAAAUGUUUUCAUUCUAAAUAUAAUCACGAGAUAUGUUAACUAUGAUAUUUUAACUUAUAUAUACUAUAUAUAUAUAUAUAUAUGGUUAUAUAUAUAUAUAUAUAUAUAUAUAUGGUUAUAUAUAACAGUAGAUCAGAUCACAUAAUCACGCUACUGCAAGUCUUUUGGAAAUGUUUCUUUCAAAUCCUUCAUUUGAAAUGUCGGUACAAUGUACGCACGUAAUCGAGAUACUUAAUUUAUGAUAUGCACAUCGCAACACUACACAUAGCUGUAAUUGUUCGGUUUCUGGAAAUAUAUGAUUUAUUAUCAUUUUAUGGUAUUAGAAUUGUAAAUCACAGUCUAUAAAAGAUUUGCGAAAUUGCUUUAUCACUGCAUAAUCUUUCCACACGUCGGAUCCUCGUAUAUCGUGACCGAACGUAGCUCAAUUAUUACAUCUAUUUAUUAGUAAUUGCUGUUAUACAAUUCAACUGUAUUAGAAGCUGAAUAAGUAAAUUUAGCAUCAUUCAGUCAGUGUGACUAUAUCGUCUUUAAAGAAGCCGAAGUGAUAAAAUUGGUAAGAAAAGGGGAAAAAAUGAUUAAACGAGAAGGAAAUCGACAACUAAGCGAAGAAAAGAAAAAUUGCGGAAGUCAGAUACGGAGAUUUUAUGCUGGCAAACAGAUACUGCUUACCGGAUGCACUGGUUACCUUGGCACCAUCAUUUUGGAAAAAAUCCUGCGCACAUGUACUGAAAUCAGUAAGAUUUACGUUAUGAUUCGAGAGAAAAAGAACAUGGAAGUUAAAGAGCGAUUGGAAAAAUGCUUUGCAAAUAAUAUAUUUGAUACAUUACGUGAAUCAAAUCCGAAUUUUAUGGAAAAGGUCGAGCUGAUCUACGGUGAUCUACAGGAAAGCGACUUAGGUUUAUCGCCAGAAGAUCGUCGGCGUUUGCUGGAGAACGUGAAUAUAAUAAUUCACAACGCAUCGAACGUGCGUUUUGACGCAAAACCGUCCUAUAUUUUCCGAACAAACGUAAUUGGCACGCAAAAGCUAUUGGAACUAGCGACGGAGUGCUCUCGCUUGGAGGUAUUCGCUUACGUUUCGACCGCAUAUUCUAAUCCUUAUAAUAUAACAAUGGAAGAAAAAUUUUACCCUCCUCCGGCUGAUAUGAAGCUGAUCAAAGACGUGAUAAAAGUCGACGAAGAAACCAAGACUGGACUUUCAGAGGCAUCAAUACGCGAUAUCGCAGGAAGCUGGAUAAAUUUAUAUCCCUUUAGCAAAGCCACCGCCGAAGAUCUGGUCAGGACUUUUGGCAUAAGAAAGUCGCUUCCUUGUAUAGUGUACAGACCUAGCAUCAUCAUAGGUGCGCACAAUGAACCAAUAGUAGGGUGGAUCGGAAAUAGGAAUGGUCCAAUACUUGCGGCAAGGGCAGUACGAGCGGGUUUCAUUAAUGUGCUUGAGGUUGAUGUGAAUGGUUCUAGUCUGGAUCUAAUUCCGGUUGAUAUGACGGCUAAUGGCCUUUUAGCAGCGAUAUGGGACUACGUCUUAAAUAGGGAAUCGUCCGAACCACGAGUGUAUAAUUUUGCAAGUAGCGAUUGGAAUCCUGUUAAGAACAGUCUGCUGACAAAAACUAUAGUGGCAGAUGCACGCAAAUAUCCAUCGUCCGAAAUGAUCCGCUAUCCGUUCCUGAUAUUUGUUAAAAAUGUCUAUAUUUUCGCUUUUCUCCUUACAUUAUUUAAUGUUAUUCCUGGUUUACUUGCUGACGCGUACUACGUAUUUCGAUGGAGGAAACCAGUGUUUAUAAGGCUGAUGAAAAAGGUACUUUUAAAUUACAUAGACGGGAAAAAAUUUCUAAUACCUGAUCGACAUAUAAAAACAGAUAAUACGAAGAAGAUUUUAGCACGUAUGGAUGAGACCGAUUUAAAAGAAUUUCGUUUUGAUUUAUCAACGAUAAACUGGUAUAGUUAUAUAAAUAAGAAUUACAUCAUGUUACGAAAACUACUGAACGAACCACCACAGCCGACACCGGCGACAAUGAAGAAAUAUCGAUAUUUGAUGACAUUACAUUACGUCGUUGUUAGUUUAGCUGUACUUGUUUUCUUCUACUUUCUCUACUCGAUAACAUGUAACAUCUUCUCAUUCAUAGGAUAAUAAACACAACACGAGACUUUUGUUAAA